AUGUUCGCCACCGCCUUUGCUUUUCUGCGGCUGCGGCGAAAAGACGUUCUCGCUGCUGGCGGGCUCAGCACCGAUUGCUGGGUUCCGCUGUACGCCGCCGAAGACGGCAUGGGCGGUGUCCGCGUUCUGACCGGCGAGGUGCUUGUGCGUUGGGGCUGGCGCCUCCAUUUUUCAUGCGACGGGGCGGCGCCUCUGACGGUCUGCACGGCGCUGCCGCCACCGCCCGCGGUUCAGCCGGCCGACGAGGUGGCAGCGCCGACGUCCGUGAAGGGCGGUGCGGAGGUCCCUUCGCCGCCGCCGCCGCCGCCCUCGUACCUGUGGCUGCAGGUGUGCGAUUUUGUGGCCCUCGGUGGUUCUCUUCGUGACACUGCGGCGGGGACUGAGGGCGGUGAGCUUUUCGUCGUGGUCUGCAUAGACGAGACACCAUCGGUCUCAGAAAUGCCACCCCGUGACGAGGAUGACCACCAGCCGCAGGAACCACGACGGCUGGGCUGUUCUGCGGCAAAGUACGGGGACUGCACUGCUGGCGCGGUGUUUGAUGCUGCUUCCAAGCGAUGGGUGUGGAUGGAGUACUGUUUGCUCCCUUUGCUUCCUGAUGAAGAGCUGAGCUUUUGCUUUGAGGUCCGCCGCAGCGGCCGCGACGGCGACACGCAUUUGGUGGGCAGCGGAUCUUUGACUCGUCGGGAUUCCAUUGGGCGUUGGAAGGCGGCGGUGGCCAUCUUUGCUGCCGGCGCUGCGCAGCCCUGCGGUGCACUGACAGUGGCGCUGCUGCAGGCCCCUCUGUCCGGGGCGUCGACAGUCGUCUCCACCAGUCAGCCACGGGAAUUGGCGGCGCGGCCCCUGGCAGGCGGGGAAGCAAGCCAGCCAGAACCAGAAACGGGAGGUGAAGUGGAGGGUGUGGAGUGCCCCCCAGCAUUCUCGGUGUUCGAGGCUGCCGAGUUGGCGCUGCUGCGCGUCACUGUGCACACCGCAGAGAUCUACGGUCGCAGCGUAGCUCCAUCCGACGGCGGUUGGGAGUUAACGCUGCGGAGUGACGUGGCCUGCGCUGCGGGGGACACGUGCAAGUGGACCCGGCUGGAGGCGACGCCGCCCUUGCGGGGCGCCGGUGGCGAGGAGUGGGUGGGUGCGGUGUGCGCGCGGAGUGGGUCCGCGCUUGAGUUUUCCCUCCUGCGUCGCGUUGUGGCUGGAGGCAGAGGCGCGCCGCCGACGGGUCCGCGAGAGGUGUGCGGGCGGUUUGUUGCCCGCUUUGCCCUUCCGUUGGCCGGAGACCCCGAGCGACGCCUCCACGUGGAUUUGGUGCGUAGUGCUUCUUCCGGCCCUUUUAAAGACAUCCCUGUUCCUGUUGGGCGGCUCUGCGCCUCCUGCUGCCCGCUCAUGCACUCCGGCGCGUUGUACGAUCCCCGUCCGGUGUUCUUCCGGCGCACGCUUUACCUUGCGGUGGCGGAGCUGCUCGGCGUCGUGCGUGUGCGGCGGCAGUCGGCAAACAACACAGCCGAAACCAGCGACUCGGAGACGGCAGAGGAAGAGGACGGGGCACGCAACGAGGAGGCGUAUUUGUGCAUGCGGCUGCAGUGCGGGGCAGCAGCGGCCGUGUCCUCGCUCUUCGCCCCGCCUACGGUGGCUGUCUCGAGCAGGCGCGGGGCGCAACUCGACGGGGAGCACGACUGCCGCGUGCCGCACUUCUCCCUGCGGCUGGACUGCGGCCCUGAAGACGCCGCGGAGGCUGCCGCCGUGCGUCUCUCGCUGCACCUCUGCCCAGCCCCCACGCUGCCGCAGCGGCAGGGUGCGGGCAACGAUGUGCCUGCGGGCGUGUUGAUUGGGGAGGCCCUCGCGCAAGUGCCGACGCCCCGCACGAGCGAAGACGCGAAUUGGCCAUCGGCCGUCGCCGCGGUCGACUGGGUGAACUUGGCAGUUGACGCCGCCUCGCUCUGGGUGCCCAUUCCGGCCGUGGGCGUGAGGUCAGCGCGGACGGCGUACGCACGCCUGCAGUAUGCCUGGUCGUAUGAGGUAGGCCUGGGCAGCUGGCUGGCGUGCAUCCGAAUCCGUUCGCCGGGGCGACAGCCCACGCUUCACCGCCCGUUUCUUUGCUUUGUCAUGCGGUUCCCGAACGGCGUUAGGCUUCGUCUGCCGCUGGAUCUUUUCGGGACGCUUCUGUCCUCGCCGCAGCCACCACGCGCCGAUCACUUGGAGGGUGUCGCACUGCCGCUGCGAUCCGCUUGGUCCUUUUCCCACAUCCAACUGCCGGUGGUGUGGCCGUUGGGGGCGCAGGUUGAGGCCGUCGAGCUGCACGAUCGCGUGGCGGCGGGGUUCUCCAUGCACUUGGGCACACACCCGUGGACCUCCGGCGACACCCCUCUGCUGUCCCUCCUCCUCCUUGACGACAUCGCGGGUUCGGCGCAGCCGUCGUCAAGGUCGCCGUUCUCUGCCUCCGCGCGGUGGCUGCGCUUCGCAGACGUGGGCGGCGGCGCGCAGGGGGGACGCAGACACGAAUGCGGCGGCGCACGAGGUCCUGCUGGCGCCCUCCGUUUGUCCGCCAGGAGGCGCCGGCGUGGCGGCGCGGGACCUGCACGUGCCCUUCCGCUGGUGGCCCCUGCAGGCCUCCUUGCGUCUCACCGUCCCUGGCCACGACGUGGUGGCGCUGGGGGCGGGCCGGUUGGCGGUGAGCUGCCGCCUGCGCCUCGGCCGCUGGCGCCCGGCGUCGGCAGCAGCAGCAGCAGCGGCAGUGGCAGUGGCAGAAGGAGAGGAAUGGGUGUGGGAGGGCGAUGGGGCCGAGGCCGCGGAGGAGUUCAGGGAGGAUGA